AGUCACCAGCAACUUCCUCUCACCUGUAUAUUAUUCAUUCCGCAAAGAAAACCUUUUUUUAAGGGAGGAAAGUUCACAGCAACUUCUUUGUGUGUACAUUCAUCCUCCAAAGUAAAGCUGAGUAUUAAUUGGAAGGAAAAUAAUUGCUUGGCAAGCUUAGCCUUCAGUUAUAUAAUUGUUCAAAAGAGAGCUUUUCCGAAGUAUUACAAUCGCUUUGAGUAAUUCUGCAUUCACAAAUUAGCGGUUAUAUAUGGCUGCUGCUUCAUCAUCGUCUUCUUAUUCUUUGCUUCGAUGGAAUUAUGACGUCUUCUUGAGUUUUAGAGGCGAAGAUACUCGCAAGAAUUUUGUGGACCAUCUCUAUAUGGCUCUGCAUCGCGGAGGAAUUUACACUUUCAAAGAUGACAAGAAGCUUGAAAAAGGAAAAUCGAUUUCUUCGGAACUCCUCAAGGCCAUUAAAGAAUCGAGAAUGGCAAUCAUUAUAUUCUCAAAAGACUAUGCUUCUUCAUCGUGGUGCUUGGAUGAAUUGGUGGAGAUCAUUGAAUGCAAGAGGACGAUGAGACAGAUAGUCUGGCCAAUCUUCUACAAUGUCGAUCCCUCGGACGUACGAAAACAAAAGGGAAGUUUUGGUGAAGCAUUUGCCAAACAUGAAGAAACUUUUGGGGAAGACAAGGAAAAGGUGCAAAGGUGGAGGACUACUUUGGUUGAGGCAGCAAAUCUAAGCGGAUGGGACUUGAACAAUAUUGCAAAUGGGCAUGAGGCAAAGUUUAUCAAAACAAUUGUUCAAGAAACUUUAAAACAAUUGGGAAGGUAUGUACUAUUAAAUAUUGCCAAAUAUCAAGUGGGAAUUGAAACUCGUGUCAACAAAGUGAUCGCUUUGCUAGAUAAUGGGUUAGAGGAUGUGAAAAUUGUGGGGAUUUGUGGAAAUGGUGGAAUAGGAAAGACCACCAUUGCGAAAGCUGUUUUCAAUCAGAUGUUUGAUCAAUUUGAAAGUCGUUGUUUUCUCAAUGUGAAAAAAGUUUCAGAACUACAUGGUGUAACUUAUCUCCAACAACAACUCCUGAAUAACCUCCUAAUGGAAGAUGAUCUAAAGAUAUGUCAUGUUGACUACGGGAUCAAUAUGAUAAAGGAAAGACUCUGUCAUAAGAAGGUUCUUAUAGUUCUCGAUGAUGUGGAUAGUUUGAAGGAAUUAGAAAUUUUAGUUGGAGCAAAUGACUGGUUUGGUUUGGGAAGUAAGAUCAUCGUAACAACUAGAAAUGAACGUUUGUUGAUAGAGAACAAAGUUGAUCAUGCAAUAUAUAGGGUUGAGCUAUUGAAUGAGGAUGAAUCUUUUCAACUUUUUAGUUGCCAUGCCUUCACGAAGAACAAUCCUGAAGAGAAUUAUUUGAAAAUCUCAUGGAGUGUAAUAAAUUAUGCCCAAGGCCUUCCAUUAGCUCUUGAAGUUUUGGGUACUUUAUUAUAUAAAAAAAGCGUAGAAGAGUGGGAAAUUAAUUUGGAUAAAUUAGAAAGAAUCCCAAACAGAAAAAUUCAAGAUGUUCUUCGACUGAGUUUUGAUGGCCUUGAUGACAUGGAUCAAAAGAAUAUAUUUCUCGAUAUUGCAUGUUUUUUCAAUGGAUGGGGUGAAGAAUAUGUAAUGGAUCUACUGGAGAGUUGUGGCUUUUACCCUCGCAUUGAAAUACCUAUUCUUAUUGAGCGGUCACUUCUAACCAUCACGGAUGACAGAAUAUUGAGUAUGCAUAAUGUGAUACAAGAAAUGGGUAGAGAAAUUGUUCGUGAAGAAUUUCCUGACGAUCCUGGUAAACGCAGUAGGUUAUGGUCUCUUAAAGAUAUCAAUGAAGUACUCAGAGAGAAUACGGCGACAGAAGCAAUUAAAGGCAUUAUGCUAAACAUGACUCAUGACCAUCUAUCAGAGGAGUUACUCGUAAAUGCUGAUGUCUUUGCAAAGAUGAAGAAACUAAGACUGUUAAAGCUUAGUGGGCCCGUACGGAUUUGUGGACAGCUUACAUAUCUGUCAAAUGAAUUACGUUAUCUUGUUUGGGGUGGUUAUCCACUAGGUUUUCUGCCAUCCAAUUUCCAUCCACAAAAUCUUGUUGAACUUCAGCUUCCAAGUAGCCCUAUCAAACAAAUUUCAACUGCAAUCAGCUCUUCAAAGAAGUUAAAAUUGCUUCGUCUCCGUCACUGCCCAUAUUUGAAAGAAACUCCUGAUUUGUAUAGUCUCCCAUGUCUCGAGUAUUUAGAUCUUACAGAAUGUGUAAAUUUAGUUAAGGUUCACCUUUCCAGCGGAGUUCACAAGAGGCUUGUUGCUUUGUUUCUCACUGGAUGUAUAAAACUGAGGAGUUUGCCAAGAAGCAUUGAGUUGAAAAAUCUGGAAUAUUUUGAUUUGUCAGAAUGCUUAAAACUUGAAAAGUUUCCAGAGAUUCAGGGGGAUAUGGAUCAUUUGGAGUAUCUUAACUUACAGAAUACUGGAAUAAAGGAUUUAGAUCCAAGGGGGUGCCAAAACCUUAAAAAUGUUCCAGACAACAUUUUUUGUAGAAUGAAGCGUUUAAAAUACCUUUAUAUGAAAGGAGUUGCUAUGACACAGUUACCAUCAUCCAUUGUUCACUUGAGUAACCUUAAAAUACUUCGUUUCUCUCAUUCAUUUUUGGGAAAGAGAAAAAGAGGUAAUUCAACUUAUUUGCAACUGGAAAUGCUCUCCGGUUUGUGCAGUGUAACUUAUUUACAACUCAAAAACUGCAAUUUAUCAGAAGAAUCUUUUCCGAAUGAUAUGAGCAGCCUUUCCUUUUUGACAUAUUUAGAUGUGAGUGAAAACAAUUUUGUUCACAUACCAGCAAGUUUCAUUCAACUCAGGAAACUUGGCUGGAUUAAUUUGGAACAUUGCAGAAGCCUCCGAACGUUGACGUCACUUCCGCCAUCCGUAAGAUAUGUGAAUGCACAUGGUUGCAAAUCAUUGGAACGGUAUUGGAUUAAUCCAAGUAGUGAAAGAAGUCCAGACAAUUGGAGAUUAAUAUUCAGUGGGUGCCACAAAUUGGUUAUGGCUGAGAGGAACAACAUGCCAAGUAUAUCACCAGAAAGUCUGCCCCAGGAAAAUUUUGGAAUCGUUUACCCAGCAACUGGGAUUCCGCAUUGGUUCAACCAUAAGAUCGAGGAGGAAGUACGUUUCGAAGAAGGAAGUGGGUUUCAAAGGAGGAAGUAUAUUGGGGAUCAUUACAACAAUGUCAAAGGAAUUGCUUUCUUUGGUGAUGUUUUGGAAUUUUCUGAAAGUCAUAUCUCAACAUCAAUGGUUAUUAGUCUCUCAAUCAAUGGUUAUUUCUUACCGUAUCUGGUAUUCCCCUCGGAGAGUUUAUCAAACCAAGCAAUUUUUACACACUUCACUGAAUAUUACGAUGGCGAUGAAAAGGCCUUUCGACCAAUUAUAAAUUUGAUGAACAAGAAACCAAAGCUCAGCGCAGGCCCUCCCAAUAUUUGUGAUGAUUCCUGCUACAUUGAGGCUACAAUUUACUUUGCACAUGGGAAGCUCAAGAAAUGGGGUAUCCAUAUCGUAAUGGAGUCGGACCAAGCUGAGACGUCAAACCAAGCUCCUAAAAGAAUCAUCUCAAAUUUGAGGAAAGUUAAAUGAAAGAAGUCGAAAGAAAGAAACAAGUCAAGGCUAAGGUACGCAAUGAGAUUACCUAUUUCUUAUUUCUUGGUUUUUCAUUUAUAUUUUCUUAGUUAGUAUUCACACGCACAUAACUCCGCUAAUGCUUAAAUUCUUGAUCUCUCUUUGAAAAGUGUAGAAAAAAGGGAAAAGAAUACGGAGAUUUAAGGUUAAGUUUUGUUCUUAGUCUUGUUAACUUCAUAUUAAAGACAUCCUCUGUACAGCUUGCCAUUGUGAUCGAUGAUCAGUGAAAAUUUUUCAAUAAAUAAAUUAAGGCUUCUAAUGAAAUUUCUUGUACCCUUUGUUUGUGUUCAGGUUUAAUUCUAUUCUCAUAAGUUUCUUGUACUGCAGAGCUUGGUGUUUAAUUCUCUGCAUCCCACGUCAAGGUUAUCAUCCUUCUGGAGAUAGAAAAAAGCAGGUAGAGCAAUUGUUCUGCUCUGUACCAAGUUAGCAUAAAAAAAGAAGUUGUUUCUGGUAAAACAAAUGGAGAUAUAGAAAACAUUUGUGUAGCUUUCGUUAUAUGUUCUUGUAUAUCUACAUUUUCAUGGAGGUUCUUUAGAUCCAUCCAUUUGUAUAUGUUCCAAUUAAGAUUUGUUGUGUUUUAGCUGCA